AUGUCAGUUCUUGACUUGAUCAUCCAAGCAAUUGUUGAUGUUAUUGACGGCGCUACGGCCUCAAAUGGCAAGAGAGAGAUCCCACUGAUUGCAGGUCCUAUGGGCGCACGCAACAUCAUCGACACUGAGUCUGUACCACGCGUUGACCUUGCGAAGCGAAUCAAUCUCGACGCGGGACCUUGUGGCGUUCCCCAGUAUAACUUCGAUCUUUGCGGCAAGUCGCUUCACGGCGUCACUAUCAAGAGUUCAACUCCAGGGCAAGGAGAGGCCCAGUAUGACAAUGUCCCGCCUACCUGCAUGGUUCUCUCUACAGUUCUGGCAGGGAAUUGCGACAUGAGCGAGGGUCCUUACCCAAUCCCCUGCGGCGCCGCUUGUCUAUUAUAUACUGGAGUAAAGGACGGGGAUCUAGAUAAACUCAACAAGGCGCUUGGGGUAGUAUCAAACCCAUAG